AGAACAUCAGUUUACUUUAUAAAUACUAUUUAAACGAGAAUAUAUUGAUCCCCAGAGGGAGAAUAGGAGCGAUAAACACAGCAAAAUAAACGUCAAGGAAAAAUAAAUUCAGUCUAUAUCCAUUAUAAACAUUAUACACCUUUUUAUACUUGGGCUGCAUGAGCUGACUUGACACAUACACAUAAAGGUACAUACAUAUGGUGAUAUACACAUAUGGACUGUACAACAGGGGGCGGAUUGAGGAGUUGACAAGAUUCAGUCAAUAGCUGGUUGAAAUCACUGUACAGAAAAGUGACUUCAACCAGAUUUUUAAAAAUAGAUUCAGGGCUUUUGACAGUACAUGCGGGGCCACCCUCUGCCCCUGCUGUACAUACAUAAUAAUAAUAAUAAUAGUGAUAAAACAUUUUAUUUUAAUAAUACAUAAAUCUGAACACAGAUAGACAUACUGUACAUAUACAUAGGAUGGAGGAGUGUGUUGGGUGGGAUACGGAUUGUGCUGGUGGACCUUCACAGCUAUUUUAUCCUGCUGUCACAGUCAUUUUUGUACAAUCUGAUGGACACAAAUGAGCACCUGAAUAAUAUCUAGCUAAUGUACUACUUCAUAACAUUACACUAAUAUUUAAUCCUUAUUUUAUCUUUGUAAAGUUAUGUCUCUGCUCAGUUUUAAUUCUGUGUCUGGAUAUAAUUGUAGUGAUGUUACCAGCACUCCUUUUGUUGUUGUCAGGAGAGAAGAAAUCAAAGAGAGGCUGCAGGAGAAUUUGGAGCUGGAGAAGAGAGCUCUGCAGGUGGUUGAGCGUCUUCUGGAGGACUGUGUGGCCGAGGACUUUCUGGUUGACUGUGCCAGAUUCAUCACUUCUGAAAAUUACAAAGAUGCUAUUGAGGAGAGAUGCAUUGCUAAGCUGUGUGGUUAUCCUACAUGUCCAAAUAAAUUGGGCAAGAUCUCAACUCAGCAGUACAAAAUUUGUACUAGGACCAAUAAGGUGUAUGACAUCACAGAGCGCAAGUGUUUUUGCAGCAACUUCUGCUACAAAGCCUCCAAAGAAUUUGAGCUACAAAUAUCAAAGACUCCACUUUGGCUCAGGCAGCAUGAGAGUCCUGCAGAAGUUAAACUGAUGAAGAAAGGAGACGGUGGGAGCUCUGGUGAGGAGGUGAGGCUGUCAGAGAGGCGUCUCCAAGAGCAGGACAUCGAGGACCCACUGGCUGCUCAACUCGAGGAGACCCACAGCUCUGAGCAGCAUUCUGCUGCAGCUGGCCUCAGCCACAGCGACAACAGCGAUGGCGAACAGGAGCAGGACUUUGUCUCCAGCGUGGUCUCCCAGCGACAGGGACCCAGGGUGCACUGGGGCGACCUGCCGAAACGCACUGAUGAAGAUGAGAAAGGAGAACAAGAGAAAAUGGAGAGAAGAAAGAUACAGAAUGGAGAGGGAGAUAAAGAGGAGAUGCCGCCUCAUGAAAGUCAGAACCAAGAGAAGGAGGGAAAAAUGAGAGCGGAUGAAAAUAGAAAGGAAUCUUUUGGAUGUGAAACCGAAAAACCCAAACAGCUGCACACAGUCGAUGGCAACCAGAAACCCAAAGACGAGAGAGGCUGUGUUGAAGAGGCUACAGCUAAGAUGGAUUUGUGCAGUUUAUCCGAGCCAGUUACUCACACUGCACCCCCGCCUGUGGACUCAGCACCAUCACAGGCGGACCACAACACUCCACCUCAGGCAGAUCUCCCUUCCUCACCUCUGACUCCAGGCCUCAACAUUUCCCAGGUGGGUAUGAGCAGGAGAGGUGCGGCGGGGCUUCGGGAUCUACUCAAGAGCCACUCCGCUGAAGAAAACUCCAACUCCAUCCGGCUGAAUCUUCUCAAGUGCUUGAGAAGGACGUUGAAGGAAUGGAGCACAGAUGAGACCCUGAGGUUCCUGUACGGCACUGAUCAUUCACUAGGUUCUCCCUUUGCUGAUGUGAAAGAAGAAAAGAAAGAGGAAGAUGAGGAGCUCGAUGAAGAUGACCUUGAGGAUGAAGUGAGCGAGGAGGACGGAGGAGGGAUUGACGUCGGGGUGCAAAAGAGACCUUCAGCCGCAACUCCAGACUUCAAGACACUGAAGAAGGAAACCCAGCAGCUUGAGCUCAGAGUUAAAGAGUUCUACAAGGGGACCUGGAUUGUGCCCGAGGAGGAAGAAGAAGAGCCAAAAGGAAACAAAGUGACAGUCCAGGACAAGAGGACAAAGGAUCCAGUUCUGCCGCUUGUUGACUCUCAAGCUCAGCACCUCAUCCAGAAACGAAUCACAGUGGAGAAGCUCACUAGCUGUCUCAGAAACAUUGUGGGUCCACUGCGGCUCACCAUGAUUGAUGUCACCACUGAUCUGAACAACCUGGUCAGGACAUUCAGCUUCACUAACACAAACAUCAUCCACAAAACUCCUGAGUGGACCCUGAUUGCUGUUAUGCUGCUCUAUCUGUUGUCAGAUGUGUGUCCAGUGGUUCAAGAGGCCUUGGAGACGACGGCAUCAGUCGUGUAUUUAAACAAGCUGUUUGAGGAGCUCGGUCUACAGGAGCAGGACCUUUUGAACUUAGUCCAGCAGUUUAAAACCCCAGCUCACUAACACACGCACGCACCACAAACUGCACACUGUCAGGCAUGGACAUAUGAAUAAUAAAUAUACACACUCAGUAUCUGAGACUGAAUGG